AUGUGCGGCUGACGCUCGGAAGUGACCCAUGUGUCUGACCUGCACCAAUACACGAUCACCGGAUCGGCCCGUCCAACUCGCGUAGUGCGAUUCUUUGAGUCUUCAUAGCUUAUUCACGACACACCGGCGCGUGUCAUCCGAUCAUGUCUAAAGACACGGAGGCCAAGAGCGAGGAGAUUAUGGAGUCGAAGGUGCUCUGGUACCCGGACUCCAAGCGAAACACACAGACGGACCGAUUCCGAACUCUAGUUAAUCGGGAAUUCGGCUUGAACCUGGCAAACUAUAAUGACCUAUACCAGUGGUCUGUGGACAGUUAUCCUGAGUUCUGGGCGCAGGUUUGGAAAUUCUGUGGAAUCACCUGCUCAAAGAUGUAUGAGGAAGUGGUUGAUGUGUCGAAAAGGAUAUCAGAUGUACCCGAGUGGUUUAAAGGCAGCAGACUGAAUUAUGCAGAGAACCUGCUCAAACACAAAGACCAGGACAAAGUGGCACUCUAUGCUGCAAGUGAAGCGAAAGAAGAGAUAGUCAAGGUAACUUUUGGAGAGCUGAGGCGUGAUGUCGCUCUCUUCGCUGCCGCCAUGAGGAAGAUGGGCAUCAAAACUGGAGACCGGGUCGUAGGAUAUUUGCCCAAUGGGAUUCAUGCUGUGGAGGCCAUGCUCGCUGCUGCCAGUAUUGGUGCCAUCUGGAGUUCAACCUCUCCGGAUUUUGGUGUCAACGGAGUUCUAGACAGGAUUUCUCAGAUUCAGCCCAAGCUGAUAUUCUCAGUAGCAGCUGUUGUGUAUAACGGAAAACAGCAUGACCAUAUGGAGAAACUCCAAAAUGUUGUUAAAGGUCUCCCUGACCUGAAGAAGGUUGUGGUCAUUCCAUACGUUCGUUCUCGACAAGAGACUGAUCUCUCCAAGAUUCCCAACAGUGUUUUCCUCGAGGACUUUUUGGCCACCGGUAAAGAAGGGGAUCAGGACCCUCAGCUGGAGUUUGAGCAGCUGCCCUUCUCUCAUCCUCUCUUCAUCAUGUACUCCUCUGGCACCACAGGAGCUCCUAAAUGCAUGGUUCAUUCUGCUGGGGGCACUCUCAUCCAGCAUCUUAAAGAACAUGUUCUCCAUGGCAACAUGACCUACAAUGAUGUCAUCAUAUAUUACACUACGACUGGCUGGAUGAUGUGGAACUGGCUGAUUUCCUCUCUCGCUGUUGGAGCUUCUGUGGUCUUGUACGAUGGCUCUCCUCUUGUUCCUAGUGCCAAUGUGCUGUGGGACCUUGUGGACCGUCUUGGAAUCACAAUUUUUGGGACUGGAGCGAAAUGGUUGGCUGUAUUGGAGGAGAGAAAUCUAAAACCAGCAAACACACACAACCUGCAGACCCUCCACACACUCCUGUCUACAGGAUCCCCACUGAAGCCCCAAAGCUAUGAAUAUGUGUACAGCUGUAUUAAGAACAACAUGCUCCUGGGAUCUAUAUCAGGUGGCACAGACAUCAUUUCAUGCUUCAUGGGUCAGAACAUGACGGUGCCUGUUUACAGAGGAGAAAUUCAGGCCCGAAAUCUGGGCAUGGCCGUGGAGUCCUGGAGCUGUGAAGGUAAGCCUGUGUGGGGUGAAAGCGGUGAGCUGGUGUGUUUGAAGCCCAUCCCAUGCCAGCCCACUCAUUUCUGGAACGACGAAAACGGCAGCAAAUACCACAAAGCCUACUUUUCCACCUUCCCAGGAGUCUGGGCGCACGGUGAUUACUGUAAAAUAAACCCUAAAACAGGAGGAGUCGUCAUGCUGGGGAGAAGUGAUGGAACCUUGAAUCCUAAUGGUGUUCGGUUUGGGAGCUCUGAAAUUUAUAAUAUAGUUGAAGCCUUUGACGAAGUGUCCGACAGCCUUUGUGUCCCUCAGUACAACAGUGACGGAGAAGAGAGGGUGAUUCUGUUUUUAAAAAUGGGACCCAAUAAGAGCUUCAGCCAGGAGCUAGUAGGAAAGAUCCGCGGUGCUAUUAGAGUAGCUCUCUCUGCACGACACGUACCAGCCUUGAUACUGGAGACCAAAGACAUCCCGUACACUAUCAGCGGAAAGAAGGUGGAAGUUGCAGUAAAGCAGGUGAUUGCAGGUAAGGACGUCACUCAGCGAGGGGCCUUCUCAAACCCGGACUCUUUGGACCUUUACAAGAACCUACCUGAUCUCCAAAACUUCUGAGGUACUCCUGCAGGUUCCGUUCGAAGGAACGCCUAUUGGACCAUUUGGAGGGAAUAAAACAUUGAAGCUUUUUCUGCACAUUGUGGCACUUAAGCAAACUCCACUGGAGCCAAUGGAGUUUGAACAUGCAACACCUCCCCAGAAGUGUUCCUCUUGGGUAGAAAGUUGAGAAUGGCAUUUUAGGAGAUUGCAGUCGGGAUCUCAAAGGGACGUUUUAUCUGCUUUCUGUUAUUGUGUUAUUCCCGAGAGAUGUACAUCACAAGCAAUUCCCAAAUCGGAUUUCCUUAAGGGUUAGUUCACCCAAAAAUGAAAGUUUGGUUAAUAAUUUCUCAACGUCAUGUUGUUUCAGAAGACAAAUUAAGAUAUUUUAGACGAAAUCCGAGAACUCUCUGACACUCUAUAGCAGUGUUUCUCAACCAUAUUCCUGCAGGACUACCAGUUCUGCACAUUUUCCAUGUCUCCUUAAUCAAACACACCUGAUUCAGAUCAUCAGCUUAUUAGCAGAGACUGAAAGGCCUGAAAUGGGUUUGACAGACAAAGGAGACAUCCGAAACAUGCAGUGCUGGUGCUCUUCCAGGAAUGUGGUUGAGAAACACUGCUCUAUAGACAGAAAAAAAGACCAUAACAUUGUCAAAACCUUUCAUCUGACUUCAACUGUGACACAAAGCUGCAAGAACAAUUUUAUGCACCAAAAAAACUGUAAAAAAAAAAAAAAAGACUGUUCACCAGUGCAUCAUGUCAGGGUGCAUGUUUACUACAGGAAAUCUGGCGUUCAUGUGUUGCGCUGCUUACUCUAAUGUAGUAAAUAUGUACCUUGGCCUAAAGCGGAACAAAAGAGAUUGGUGAAUAUAGUCGUUUUUACAUUUUUUUUGCUGCACAAAAGUGCUUUUGGAGCUUUGUAUGAUUACAGUUGAACCACUGAAGGGCACAUGGAAUGUUUUGACAUUGUUUUAGGUUUACUUUCUGAUUUAAUGACUGUUUCUGUCUAUAUUUGUGUUCUGAGGAUGAAUGAAGGUCUCAGGGUAUUGAAACAACAUGAGGGAGAAUAAUUAAUAAUGAAUUGUUGAGUGAACUAUCCCUGAUCUCCCAUGUCAGUCUCAUAGUUUACCUCUCAUGUUUGGAUACAUUGUCACUUUAACCCUAAUGAAAGUGUUGGCAAAUUUGUCCAUGAUUAUUUCAGUGCUUAAAAAUGACCAAAUUUAUGAGACGAUUAGUCAGAUAUACUGAUAUGUUACUGAAAUUUAGGUUUUUUUCACUUGUGGUAGCCAUUUCUCCAGUAGAAAUACUGACUUCUUGGGACAAACCAGCCAUUUUACGAAAACCGCAUUUCCCCAGUUGGUACGAAAUGUUGCCAUAAUAAAGUCAAUGCAACUUUUUCCAAUUCCAGUUUAAAAACAAAACCAGAAGUGUAUUUUUUGGAAGCUAUAUUAUCAGUAAAUAGUGUUUCGUCACAUCUGCUGAAUUUCUAUUGAAUCACAAUGUCCAGCACUGGAUUGAAGCUCAUAUAGGCCAAAAAUUCUUGUAGAUUCUUGUAUAUUUUUACAUAUAUACUGUAUAUAUUGUGUGCAGCUGCAUGUUGCUUGCUACACCAUGCCCCCCUCUUUUCACAAUGACACUACUUGGUUCUUUCGGUACGCCUUAUAUAAGCUUGUGAAAAGUUUUCAUCAACAGCCGAAGCUCAUCUUCAUUCUUUGAGCCUUUCUUUGGUGUAUAGCUUUAUCUCUGCCGUCCCCAAACACGUCGGCUUGCAAUCUAAUUCUACAUGUGUCUCAUCUACACAUUCACAGACUGUCGCUGUAGGCAUUGCCUGUAUGGGAUUCCUCUAUUACAUUUAACCCAAUGCAUUUUUCAUCAGAAUACUGCGCACAUACAGAAACGUUGUGUUUAUAUUUUGCUACCAGAGUCCGUAAGAUGGUUCCAAUGACAUUAUAUUCAGAUAAGCGUGUAUUAUUACAUUAGAUCACGAGAUUGUAUAUGUUUGUAUUAGGAGUAAAAGGGAAGAAGUCUGCAAAGUCUAGAUGUAUAGGAUAUAAUAUGGAAGGUUUUUUCUUGUCACAUGGAUUCUUGUAGUUUUAGUUUAACAUCUGAAAUUGACUGUUUUUCCUCAGAACUGAGUUUACAUCCCACAAAUUUCAGUUACAAACUCACUUUUUUUGUGUUAUAAACUCCUCAAACUCUUUCAAAUCUCACAGUUCUGCUUUUUUUCCUCAAAAUUGAUGUUUGUGUUUUCUGAAUUUCAAGAUUACAGCUUGACAAUUGUAAGAUACAAAGUCAAAGUUGUGAGAGAUCAAGACAAAGACAUCAGAAGAGCAAGAUAUAAACUCAGAAUUGCAAAAAGCCCAAAAACAAAAAUGUAGUUAAAGCUUGUUAGCUUACUAUUCUGAGGAAAAAACUGAGUUGUGAGUUUACAUCUCACAGUUUUGUGUUUUUCUCUCUGUAAAAAGUUAUAUUUAAGUCACAGUUUUCAAUUUUUUUUUAACCCUGUGACGGAAUGAGGCGUCCAUAAAAUAAUCUAAAACUGCUAGGAAAAAUAGCAAAAACUGAUUUAUGUUGUAUCAGAUUCAAGCUGUUUGACGUGUACUGAUGAUGCAUUAUACUUGCUUUGCAGCAUAUCACAGAAACAUUUAUCAACACAUUUCACAGUAACCGACUUCAGCAGGCCGCCAUCCGGAAAAUAUUGUUUUUGGUGACACUGAGAGAGGAUAUGCUGCAACCGCUCACAACCAAGCCAGAAAAAGUGCUGCAUUUUAAUCAUUUUAAAAUAAUUCUGUGCUAGUAAUGUUAUUUCAGCAGUUGUUCACAACUGGGAAGCCUUACAGGCUAGUGUUGAUGUACAUUUCAUGUUUUUAUGGGUCAUAUUUUUGGGAGCUGUACAUUGUCUUUAUUUUUGGGGUGAUUUUGUCUCUUUUUGAACAUGGGUCUGUUUGCUUUUGGUAUAAUGUGAUCUGGGUUUGUUACAUGUUUGGAAAUAUUUUUUAAAGCUUUGAGUAAAUCAGUGAGGACUCUUAUUUGAUUAUCUUAAAGCAAACUAUGUACUACAGACUGACACAAAGUGUUCAUUUACAGUUUUUUUGUAUUUUGUGAUUCAGAGUUUUUUUCUGUUUAAACACUGACAACUUAUGAAGUUGGAAAAAAAACAAAAAUUUUGUAUUUGAGUUUGAAAUAAUGUAUUUUGGUCAUGAUCAUGUGAAUUAAUGUACAAAACAGUCCAGCAAAAUUUUUUGUUUUAAAGUAUUGUAUUAUAGGUGUUAUACAGACGUUUACUGUAGUCGUCUUGGCUAAAAAAAGGCUAAAUAAACAGAAAUGAAUGACUACCCAUAUAAAGUCUGUCUAUUUGACGACUACUUGUGGGCUAUUCUUAGAUGUCUACUACUAUCUUAGAUGUCUAUUUAGCCUUGUUUUAGCCAAGCUGUCUACGUUUAGAUGUCUAUUAGACGUCUAUUAAACACAAAAUUGUUUGCUGAGAGAGUAAUCACCUAUCAGUACUUUAGCCUCCUGUUUUGCAUAAUUAUUUCAAUAAAUAUUUUCUUAUACAUUGUUUUACAUGACUAAAAGAACUUUCUUGCACUCGAAAAAAAAGACUUUGCUGCUUGUUAAAACUACUUUUUUUUUUUUAAAUUUGUUGAAAAAAUACAAUUCUUAAAGUUUAUGUUCAAUCCACUUACAUUUUUUUUAAUAUUAAGUUAAAUUAAUCUAUUUGUGUUGGAACUACAUGAAAAUAUUUUGUGGAACCCAACAUUUUUUACAUAAAUUGUUAGAGCAGAGAUCAAGGUCCUUUAAUACAAUUCAACUUCAUGAAUUAACAGAAAGCACCUUUAAAUCACAAAAUCUAGAAACUGAUAAUUAACAGAUAUUUUUAUCCAUUAUAAGAAUCGGUAGUGUGACUGUGACCCUAGCCAUAUUGAUGAGACCUAAAAUUCCGUACUGGCCCUUUAAAAAAGGCUUGUUUUCCUCUUAAAAUGAGAUGGUUUGGUGUAGUGGUGCAGAUGGCAAGCAGUUGUUUGGAUCGCUUGAAUUAAAUCAGUCCUUAUUUCCGCUUCAGACAAGCAGAGACUGGUCUGUUUCACCUCAUGCCCACCCUUGUGCCACCAUAUGCCCCAUAUCUGCUCAGUUUUGCUGACAGGACUCUCGAUGGACAUAGGGAAAGCUAUGGCAAAUCCAAAUUCAUUGACAGUGGAUUUUACUGUAUUUGUCGUAAACAUUUUUUGUCCCCCAAUGUUUAUUACAUUUUUCAGUGCGCUCAGCAAUUUCAUGAACAUUCCAUGGAGGUCUAUUCCAUUUUAUUACAGUGUUGCUUUUUGAUACAUGGAAAUCGUUUUUGUUUAGGACCUUAAAAUUGUAUUACAUUAAAUGUAUUUGGUGUAUUACUUGUCAAUGACAGGUGCUCUCUUCUCGGUGACUAAUGUACUAUUCCUGCUUUGAAAUAAUAUUAUUGUACAUCGCUGAAUGUGAAGAAUGAUUACUAAUAUGGUCGAGAAUAUAUUUGUUUGGAAUAUAUUAUGCCUGUAUAGUGUAUAUGAGUGGACAUCUUAAGUUGUCCAAUAAUCGCAUACAUGUAUUUCAUGGAUAAAGAUGCUUAUUGUAGUCCCGAUUAAACAGCUGAGAAUUCAUAA